AUGACCGACGCCAGCGAUGUGGCGAUAGGGGCUGUGGUGGAGCAGGACGGAAGGCCUUUAGCCUUCUUCAGCCAGUCUCUGACCCCUACCCAGAAAGUCUGGCCGGUGUAUGAGCGGGAAGCCUAUGCUAUCUUCAAGGCAUUGGAACGGUUCAGACCGUUGCUCUGGGGUUACCAUUUGGAGUUGGUCGUCUUUUCGGAUCACAAGCCUUCGGAAUGGAUCCAGACGGCUACGACGGCGAAAGUGCAACGCUGGCUCAUUAGUAUGUCCCAGUUUAAAUUUAAGAUAUUUUACAAGAAGGGUAAGCACAACGUCGUAGCUGAUGCCUUGUCCCGGAUAACUACAUCCGACGACAAAGUGGCAGAGCCAGAUCUUGGAGCACUCCAGCGUGAACUGCAAGGUACACCUGCCCUGGUGGCGGCCAAGUUAUUGACUGAAGGCAGGGAGGCCGAUGCGAUGGAGAAGGACAAUUUUGCCCCUGCUUGUGUUCUCACCCUCUGUGAGAAAUGGUCAACAGCUGAUUUGGUACGUGAGCAAGAGUUGGAUCCUGCUCUUCGAGUGGUGAGAGACAGGGUCCGGACAGGAGAGCCUUCAGCGAAGGAUGAGCUCAAGGAUCUGGA